CGCAUUAUUUGAGGUUGAGAUCGGCCGACGGUAUAAUCCUUAAAUUUGAAUUGCGAAUAUUAGUGAUUGUAUGAAUUUACCUACGCACAUUUUUAUACAGCAAUUUCAGGACAAAAUCUAGUUUCGAAAAUAAUUAUCCGUAUCACUUCUAAAGUCGAAACGAAUAUACGGCGAAAUGAACGCACGUUCUUUAUUAAGGUUAUGUUCCACCAUCAGAAACGUUAAUGUUUACAAACGCAGAUUUUACUGCAGCAGAAAUGUAUUGGAACUUCAUGAGAGGGGCAUGUACGAGGAUAUAUUUCCCGAUACUAGUACAAAUGAAAUAGUAGAUUUACUGAAAAAGGCACCCCAAUGCGUCUAUGCUGGCUUCGAUCCAACAGCAGAUAGUUUACAUGUCGGCAAUCUACUCGUCCUGAUGAAUCUCCUGCAUUGGCAAAGAGCUGGACAUCAAGUUAUAGCCUUAGUAGGAGGAGCUACAGGUUUGAUAGGUGAUCCUAGUCAUAGGAAAUCUGAACGCGUCGAAAUGGAAAGGCAUUUAAUCGAGGAGAACAUCAAAUGCAUCGCAAAGAACAUAGAGACCAUAUUUAACAAUCACAAGGAUUACUUUUGGAAAAACAAGGAAACGAAGCUGAAACCUCUAAUUAUAAUAAACAAUUUGGACUGGUACACAAACGUAAACGUCAUUGAAUUUGUCAGAAGUAUUGGAAAGUAUUUUCGAAUGGGCACAAUGCUGGGCCGAUCUUCCGUCCAGUCGCGAUUGAACUCCGACGUAGGGAUGAGUUUCACUGAAUUCACGUAUCAAGUAUUCCAAGCGUAUGAUUGGCUUCAGUUGAUGAAAAAUUACAAGUGUCGCUUUCAAAUUGGUGGCAGUGACCAAAUGGGUAAUAUCAUGUCUGGAUACGACCUGAUCACAAAAAGUCUGAGAAAAGAAGUUUACGGCCUAACGUUGCCGCUUAUAACAGCUGAAGGUGGAAAGAAAUUUGGAAAGUCUCUUUUGAACGCGGUAUGGCUGUCUCCGACGAAAUCCUCGAGCUUCCAGCUGUAUCAGUAUUUCAUCAGAACCAAAGAUUCCGACGUCGAAAAAUUCUUAAAACUAUUCACAUUUAUACCGUUGAAUAAAAUUACUGAAAUUGUGAACGGUCAUAUGAACGAUCCGGAACAGAGAAGGGCACAAAAAUUAUUAGCGGAGCAAGUUACGCUUUUAGCACACGGAGAGGAUGGAUUGCUGGCCGCAAAGCGCGCCUCUGCAGCAUUGUAUGAUAAAUCAAUUGAGUCAUUUGUAAGAUUAAAUGCAUCGGAACUAACAGAUGUGUUCGAAGGCGCAACCAUAGUAGAGAUCUUAUCUGAGCCAGGGAUCACCGUGUACGAGCUAGCAAAGAAGGCAAAGUGCUUUAAAACCGAUCACGAUGCUGAACGAAUCAUAACAGCGGGCGGAUUUUAUGUAAAUCAUCAAAAAAUUACUAAUUUAAAUGAGGUAAUUGUACCUGGCAUCCAUAUACUAAGUAAUAAUAUAUCAUUGCUCAGAGUUGGUAAAAAGACGUAUCACAUAGUUCGAUGGCAAUGAUAAAAAAAACCACAUGUACAGUUGUAUAAUAAACAAAAUGCGUUUUAA